UCUUUUCUGCUCUCCUCAGCCUGUGCUGAAAACACGGGGGGAGGAGCUUUGACCGGUUCUCCAGAGCUAGUUAGCAGCCAGCUAGCCUAUUUCUGUAUUAUUUUCAUAUUUAUGUGUGUUGUUUCAUAUGCAGAGAGAUGUGGUUUAUUUAUUUACUCAGCUGGCUGUCGUUGGUGAUCCAGAUAUCCUUCGUCACUCUAGCAAUAGCUGCUGGCCUGUAUUACUUGGCAGAACUAAUAGAAGAAUACACAGUAGCCACCAGUCGAAUAAUAAAGUACAUGAUAAUGUUCUCGACAGGUGUGCUGGCUGGUCUCUAUGUUUUUGAAGGCUUCCCAGUGUUAAUGGUGGGAGUCGGCCUCUUCACCAACCUGGUGUACUUCGGCCUCCUGCAGACUUUCCCCUACAUACUGCUGAGCUCCCCAAACUUCAUCCUCUCCUGCGUGUUGGUGGUGGUGAACCAUUAUAUGGCCUUCCAGUACUUUGCACAAGAGUAUUAUCCAUUCUCAGAGGUGCUGGCAUACUUCACCAUCUGCCUGUGGGUGAUCCCCUUUGCCUUCUUUGUUUCACUGUCAGCGGGGGAAAAUGUGCUUCCGUCUACCAUGCAACAAGGAGAUGAUGUGGUGUCUAAUUACUUCACCAAGGGCAAAAGGGGGAAGAGGUCUGGGAUCCUCCUCGUGUUCUCUUUCCUCAAGGAGGCAGUGCUGCCCAGCCGACAGAAAAUGUACUGAGGACCUUGGACUCGGGGUGCAGCCUCAGAGGUCGGGGGUCUGUGAGUGUGUGUAUGUGUUGGAGAUUAAGGGGAGGAAGGAAGGAAGGACUAAGGAAAUUUGUUUCUUGAUGGGACUAAAACGAAGCAGUGGCCAAAGUGGGAGAAGAGCACACGAAGAGGACGGACCAAUGAACAGAACAGAGCUUCCUGCUGGACGAGUCCACGAGUUUACACAGGCCACGUUCGUCUUUCUUUGUUUUUCUGUCUGUCUGUACUGUCAACAACAUCUACUAGAGACCUCACUAAGGGGAUCUUGUCUGUAGCGCAACGCUUUAGAGUCAUGUUGGACUCCUCCAUUUUUUAAGCUUUGGUAUUAAAAUAUAUAUGCGCAGGGUCUGAAAUUAACAGCCACCAAAUACCAGUACAUUUUGACUUUGGCAGAUAAAUCAUUAUCAAUUUUCUUCUUGAGAUGACAUCUGCUGUCAUUUCUGUGUUGUAGGUCUCACACUUCAUCUGAUUCAAUACACUAAGCACUAGCAUUGAAGACAGGUUAGGAGACAAAAUAUGAUUAGUAAAAACUUUUUGUCUCCUAAGAUGAUGGUUGAUUAAAAAUCAGACAGCGUAAAAAUACUUUCUGGCUAAAUCCUGAUGUCCAAGCUUAGAUUUUGGUGUGAAGUGAUCCUAGAAAGGAUAAAAGUGUUUCAGUGAAGGAAAAAUUCCACAGGUCGCCACAGAAUCGCUUAUUAAGAUAACAUAAGAAAUUAAAUAAGAAAGGGCAGUCUGAAGUUAAGUUUUAAGGAAUCAUCUUCUGAUUUAUGAAGGUGUGACAUUGUAUAAAUACUCUCUGCCCUCCCACUCUGGAUUAUUUACAUGUGGCCACAAAAACGAUGCACUUUUUCUUUUCUUUUCUUUUUUUCUUGACUUGCAUCUACACUUCAUUAAUCACCAGCGCUGUAGUCUGCAACAGUUUUUAAUUCACAGUAAUAACAAACUGAUUUUUGUACAUUGAUCAUUGAGUUAACCUGACAUCAAAGACAAAUGAAAACACUUAUGAUCGAUUCUCUGCAGUGACAAAAGCUGCUCAAAGUGGUUUGAUGAAAGUACUAUUAAAGAGGCCGAAAUUCCUUUUACCAGUUACUGAGUGCGGUUCAUCGUAGGCUGGUAUGCACACACCUGUAUAAUACAAUAAAAGAGAUUUUGUUAAAAUAACUCACAAAUUAAAUGGUUCUUUUCACAGGUUGGGUCAUAAGGGCAUAAAGGCAAAAACAGAUGUACUGAUCCUCGUCAUGUCCAAUUAAAUCAGGUUAAUUCACCCA